AUGUCAAGAAAAGUUAUUAGGAUUAUUUCUCAAUGGACUUCAAGGAUAUUUAUAUUAUUUUUAGGAUUGCCAGAAUAUGGAGUAGAGCCCUUUGAUCCCUUCCACGCUCAAGAAGUAUAUCAAAAAAGAAGUGGGCCCUUUUUCAAUUACAAAUUGGUGCUCAGAAAUGUCACUGAGUCUGGCUGGACCCAAUCACAAGUCACUAAUUUUAAGACUGAUAUGCCUAAAUCUCAAGUACAAGUCACUCAAUUUUUCCCCGAUAAACGUCUGCAAGGAAUUUACGAAUUCGACGGAGUCUUUCUAGGAAGAAAAAUUAAAAACUCCGGCUCUUGGAAUUUGGCAUUGUUUGAUUACGUGCAAACGUUGAGCGUCAGCAGGAAACCUCAAAAGGAACUCUCAUCGGGAAAAUACAUGAAGCGACCACCAAUUAAGGUCAAGUGCAAUAUACAGACUUGUAAAAAAUUGGAGUUGCAUAUUGGGAAUUUGGCUGGUGGUAGAACAAUUGUUGAGAACGUUUUAGAUUGGGUCAUCAACACUGCCUGGCAGCCUGGAUUUGUACUUUUAUCCCCAUUGAUCAACGAUUUAGUGGGAACAGCUUUUUCUGAGAUUUUUAAUAAAGAUUUUCAAUAUUUUCCUUUUGAAAGUGUUUUUCACUGAACGUAAUUUAAGUUGCAGAAACAAAAAUGCUCAAUAUUGGUCUGUAUGUACAGUGCAAAUAAUAUGCUUAUAGAUUUAUAGAUUAGUUUUUUGUUUUAUGUACAGGGUGAUCUAUUAUGAACUACAACAUCUCCUAACUUUUUCAUCUGACUUUUUUGAUAGACUACAAAAGUUUUAAGGAAUUAUCGAAAGUUUUUAACUAAGUCAAUUUUAGGCAUAUAAAGGUGCGUCAAAACCCCCUUCCAUAAGGUCUUAUGUUGAAGAAAUCAUUUAGGCUAUAUGUUUUAGAAAUAAUUAUUUACCUAAUACUUACAGUUUAUUGUUCAAACUUAAUUCAUUGAUUUCCUAAAACUCCUCUCAAAAACGUUAAAAGAAAAAGUUAGGAGGAGUGGCAUUUAUAAUAGAUCAUCUUGUGGGUACCUACCUAUACCUAUUAUAUAAGAGAUUGUUACAAAUGUAAUUUUAUGUGAUGCUAGUACAAAAUAUAUGAUAUAAAA